AUGUCAAAGCGGCUCCACGCCGCGCAGCAGCGCUGCCCCCCUGCGCAGCCCCCGGCCCCGCUCUCCGCGCUGCUGCUCGGCCUCGGCGGGCUCCUCUUAGCAUCACCCGGGGCUCGAGGUGAGAAUGUGGACAGCAAACUGGAGCCAUGGAGACGGCAGAUGCCAAAGGACCAGUCACAAGUUUAUGAGAUAACAGUUCCCUUCCUUCUAAAUGGAGAAGAGUGGAGACCAGUAAAUGGCAUUUUUUCAAAGAGUCACCCAGCCCUGCUGCAGUUUGUAAUAGAAGCUGAAGGCAAACACCUGGUCAUCGAUCUGGAGAGGAACGAGGGCCUGUUAGCCAGCAGCUUCACAGAAACCCACUAUUUGAAGGAUGGCACUGAUGUUGUCCUCGUGCGCAAUUACACGGGUCACUGCUAUUACCACGGCCACGUGCGAGGGUUCCCCGGCUCCUCCGUCAGCCUCAGCACCUGCUCAGGACUCAGGGGAAUUGUUGUAUUUGAAAACAAAAGCUACAUUCUGGAGCCAUUAGAAGGUGCUACAAGUGAACACAAGAUCUACCGAGCAGAGAAUUUGAAAAUAGCCCCAGGAUCUUGUGGCCACCAGCUGGACAUCUCUGCCAUGGGAGCUGGUGACAGUGACACAGCACACCAUUCCCAAGCUGGCAGGUACAAGAGGGAGACUCUGAAGACAAUGAAGUAUGUGGAGCUUGUUAUUGUGGCAGACAAUCGUGAGUUUCAGAGACAAGGCAAGGAUGUGGAAAAAAUCAAGCAGAGGCUGAUAGAAAUUGCAAACUAUGUUGAUAAGUUCUACAGGCCACUCAAUAUUCGAGUAGCCCUGGUCGGAGUGGAAGUUUGGAAUGACAUGGAUAAGUGCUCUAUUUCUCAAGACCCUUUCACCAGCCUCCAUGAGUUUCUGGACUGGAGGAAACUGAAACUACUACCUCGUAAACCCCAUGACAAUGCACAGCUGAUAAGUGGGGUGUACUUCCAAGGAACUACCAUUGGCAUGGCUCCCAUCAUGAGCAUGUGCACUGCAGAGCAGUCUGGAGGGGUCGUCAUGGAUCACUCAGAAAACCCUCUUGGUGCAGCAGUCACCCUGGCUCACGAACUGGGACACAAUUUUGGAAUGAAUCACGACACGUUGGAGAGGGGCUGCAACUGCAAAGCAUCUACUGAUAAAGGGGGCUGCAUCAUGAACCCCUCCACUGGCUAUCCAUUUCCCAUGGUAUUCAGUAGCUGCAGUAGAAAGGACCUGGAAAACAGCCUGGAAAAAGGAGUGGGAAUGUGUCUGUUUAACUUGCCUGAAGUCAAGGAGUCCUUUGGUGGGCAGAAGUGUGGGAAUGGCUACGUGGAAGAUGGAGAGGAGUGCGACUGCGGGGAGCCUGAGGAGUGCACGAACCGGUGCUGCAACGCCACGACCUGCACCUUCAACCCGGGAGCCGUGUGCGCGCACGGGCGCUGCUGCCAGGACUGCCAGUUAAAACCAGCAGGGAUUUCUUGCAGAGAGUCGAGCAAUUCCUGUGACCUGCCCGAGUUCUGCACGGGAUCCAGUCCUCACUGCCCGGCCAACGUGUACCUGCACGACGGGCACGCCUGCCACGGGGUGGAUGGCUACUGCUACAAUGGCAUCUGCCAGACCCACGAGCAGCAGUGCAUCACCCUCUGGGGCCAAGGUGCGAAACCUGCUCCUGGGAUCUGCUUUGAGAGGGUCAAUUCUGCAGGAGAUCCCUACGGCAACUGUGGCAAAGACUCCAAGAGCUCCUUUGCUAAAUGUGAACCCAGAGAUGCAAAAUGUGGAAAAAUUCAGUGUCAAGGAGGAGCAAAUCGACCCGUCAUUGGGACCAACGCUGUUUCCAUAGAAACCAAUAUCCCACUUCAGGAAGGUGGCAAGAUUCUGUGUCGUGGUACCCACGUGUAUCUGGGGGAUGAUAUGCCUGACCCUGGUCUUGUGCUGUCAGGAACCAAGUGUGAAGACGGCAAAAUUUGCCUUAAUCGCCGGUGCCAGAACACGAGUGUUUUUGGAGUACAUAAAUGUGCAACCAAGUGCCAUGGACGUGGGGUCUGCAACAAUAAGAAGAACUGUCACUGUGAGGCAGACUGGGCUCCCCCCCACUGCGACCAGCCAGGCUUCGGUGGCAGCGUGGACAGCGGCCCAAUUCGGCAAGCAGAUAACAAGAGUUUAACCAUAGGAGUGUUGAUAACCAUUCUGUGCCUUAUCGUUGCUGGAGCAAUCAUGUAUCUGAAAAGGAAAACUUUCAUGAAAUGGUUGUUUACAAGCAAAAAGACAACAAUAGAGAAACUAAGGUCUGUGAGCCCAGCAAGGCCUUCCAGUUCGUCAGAGCCUAAUCGUGUUCAUACCACAUCUCUCAGUAAAAGCCUCAUCAUGAAGCCACAAAAUGCAAACAUACAAAAAAGAGAUGCUCCAAGGAGACCUCUGCCAUAUCAGAUCAUUGACAUCAGUAAUCCUGUGAAGACACACGAUCUGCCACAAUUGAAAACACCCCAGCGAGUCCUACCACCCCUUCCCCAGCUGCCAUGUCAUGAAGCAGUGCCUGAAAGACCCUUGCCAGCCAACCCUUUGCUGAGGUUCACCCAGGAGCCCCACAAGCCAAACCCUCCUCAGAAGCCUCUUCCAGCCGACCCUCUGACCAAGGGGCGCUGCCACGGGGCCUGCACCCCAGGACCUGGGCACACAAAACCUCUGCCUUACUUUGCUCCCCUCAGCAGACCUGCUCCUAAGCAUCCACCACAGGUGUCCAGGCCCAGCAACGCUGCUGAUGUGAAAUGACCAGAAAAAUCUCACACCUUAAUUUUAAAAAGUGAAGACAGAAGUUUGCACUAUCUUUAAACUCCAGCUGGAGUUCAUUUUUAUGACAAUACUUAGAAUUUUUAAUGUUUAAAACAGCAUUCUUUUUAAGAAUUCUGAGCUACUGCCUUUGGUGCUGUGCUGUGCUAUGGUGCUCUGUAUACUUGCUCAGGUACUUGUAAAUUAUUAAUUUAUGUUGAAUAUUUAUUACAGUGCAGUGCACUGUAGUAGAUAUUUUUACCAUAGCUGAGUUUUCCUAAAAAGGAAUCCUUUUUUUUGUAAUAUUUCAUUGAACUUGAAUAAUUCUGCUCUAUUGGUCCUAUGUAUAGUUUUGAUCUCUUCUUUAAGGAGUGCUGAUGGAUAAAUCAAAUGUAUAAACAACUCCAUCUCAAUGGUUCAUAACAAAGUUUUGAAGAAAUAUGUCAGGGUAAAAAAAAAAAAUAAUAAUCUCUUCUGGAAGAUGUUGAAAUGCACAAUCUCUGCACAUAGAAGCAAAACAUGUAUUUAACCAAAGUAUCACUCAGUGUUUGCAGCUGUACUGUAACUUCAGUUUUCACCUUACUGUUUGAAAUCUGCAAGAAAUCUGUGCUGAAAGAGGAUGUUUUCCCAUUGGACAAGUUCUCUUACUGAAGAAGUACUGUAUAAUCAUAAAACUGUACUGUUUUUAACCUCAUUUUCCUCAAACACAAUAUGGUUAGUACAUUCCAGUGCAGAUAGCAGGCCUCCAAUGUUUAUUGCCUGUUUGGUGCUUUGGUAAUUAAAUUAAAUGAUACUGUGUAAGGUUUUACAAUCUCCCUGUAUUGCCUAGCUGUCUGGAUGAGACUGACAAGACACUACAGGCAGGGGGGUGGGGGGAAGCCCAGCAUUACAAAUAAUUGCAUUUUAAGAAUCAAAUAUUAUUCUUAUUUCUCUUGCCUCAUCGCUCUGCUUGUCAACUGUAUUUUGCAUAUUUACUACUGUUUUGUAUUUAACGUUGAAAACAUUGUUCUGGGUUUCUUAAUUUUCCAAUCAAAAAUGCAUCUUUUAAGACAUAACCUUUGGUUAUCCUAUGACAUGGGAAAAAAAAAAUAAUCUCUUUACUACUAGGUAGCAUUACAUCUGAGCUCUUCUGCACCCUCUUGGUCGCACUGCUGAAUUCAGUUGUUUCACCUGUGCUGUAAUAACAAACAAUUUCCAAAUAUCAGUUGAAACAGAGGGAGAAGGAACUAUUUUCCUCAUAUAGGUUAGUUUCCUCAUUGCUUGUACUUUUUGUUUCUUUAAGCAAAAAUAAAAGCAUUGAUAGAAACUUGGA